GAAUGAUUAAAAAUUAUUAUUAAUCAUACUAAUAUAUUUAUAUUAAAUUAUAAAUGCAAAGAUAUUUUCUGAUUUAAAAAUGAAUAAUACAUCUAUUAGUAAAUAUUACGGGCAAUACACCUUGUAACAAAAAAAAACUGGAAGAAAUCCUAUUGUUUUGUUUCGUAAUUUUGUAAUUUUGUAGUUUUGAAAUGUUGAAUAAACAAAUCAAAAUUAAGUCCAUUUAAACGGGCUGUUUGAAGGAAAUUUAGGAGUUCUAGGCCCAUAAUUAGUUGCUCAAUAAUAUUUGAGCGAGACCCGCACGUGUUUCAAAUUGAGGAGACUGACGAAUCUAAAAGCAGACAAUUUGACUCCCGUUUUUUUCAGCAAACGACUGGAAGAAGUCAAAGCUGCCAUUUUUUCAACGAUUUGGCUAUGUAUAUUUUAAUCUCUACUAAAUUAAAGACUAUUUGAUUUAAGAUAUUUGCCAAACUAGGUGCCUACUAGACUCAUUGACCCUACGAUAUCCCAUUAAACUUUGAUUAAAUGUACUCUAUUGUACACCCACUCGGCCCUUGGAAAUAAUCUAUUAAAUAACUUUUUGACCAUAUCAUAUAGUUUAUCUAACAGUUUUUAAUAUUUAUAAACACUUGAUAAUUUUUUUAUCGUAAGUAGUCUUACUGCAACUUAUCAUACGUACGUGACCAGUUAUUUAUGUUUUAAGGAACUAAUAAUAUUCAUUCAUAAACCAAAGAAAAUGCAAUGUCAAAUUGGAUAUUAUAAGACGGAAGUAUUUUCCUUAAGACUAUUAAAACAUGAAAAUUCAAUUCCAAGGUCAGAAAGGAAUAUUUACACCCUUUGCAUUUUCUACGUUGAUUUGAAUUUUCCAUCUUAAAAAACCAUUUUGUGUCUUAUAGAUGAAUACGUAAUUUAAGCAUGGUGUACCAAUUUGUAAGCCAAUUGAACUGAAUUAAAAUUAGACAGUGUGAAGAAACAGGUCAGUAAGUUCUUAACAAAAUUGUAAAUAAAGGGGUUACACUUGUAUUUAUAUUUUCAUGCAUAAGACAUAUGGAUUUACAUAGUUACGUUGGAGAUUUCAAUAUUAUUCGUUUCACGGUUUUCAUUUAUAAUAUUGUAAAUUGUGGCAGGGCAGGAAACAACAAUAUGGAACUUUUUAAUUUGACAUCCUAAGACUUGGAUCCGUAACAAUAACAAUAAUAGCAAAAUAUCAAAAUAAUAAGAUAUAAAAGGAGAACAAGGAUUGAUUCGCUUGUUAACUCUUUGACAACUCCAUUUUUCGUAUAUUCUUAUAUAUGCUAACGAUAACACAAAGUCUAUAAAUAUAUAUUUCCGUAAACAUAAAUGGGUUAAGCUUAUAAUAUCGAAACACUAUCCACCUAUCUUUGUUGGUUUGUUCUACCAUUCAUAGAAAGUAGGAAAACUACGAUGAAUGUAACCUUCGGACAUAAUUUAGGAUAAAGUAUGUUAGAUAAAUGAAUCCAACACCAUACAUAUACAUACUACACAUACAUUUGUGAUCAAACAAAGUUUAAACCAAACAGAUAAACUCUCCAAGAAAACACCGAGCAUACUGAAAUAUUCAAUAGCUAAAUUUAUUAGAAAAAGUUGACGACCAUGGUUAUUUACAGAUUUUACAAUAAUUAAUCUUUAUAUUUUAAAGCCCUAUGGUAUUCUGCAUGCGUCGUCAAAUAACGUUUGAUUUUACGUUCCCAUGCACCCAAGAUUAUAUGACAAAUAAACAAUCAUAUUGCAAAUACAAAACUCUACGAAACAAAUGUAAUGCAUAUACAAACCCAUAAUGCAACAAACUUAUCGAUUUGUAAUACGGAUUUUUAAUCCGAUCGUUGGUAAUGUGUAAUUGUUCACAUAUUUAGCGUUUUGUAUAUAUAGAUACUAACAUUAUCUUUAACUAUCCUAAACUCUUAAUAAGAAUCACGUACAUUCAGUGGCGGACCCAAGAUUUUUUUUAAUCUGGGUCAGUGACAAAUUAAAUUUCAAAAAGUAAUACAAAAGAGGGUAUUGAACCCAUUAACUCAUGUUUAAAUGGGUGCAACACUGACCAUUUGAACUAAGUAAACAUAAUAACUAUAUGUCACAAGACGCUUUUUAAUAUUUAACCUGGGUCAAUUGACACACCAUUUCAUUACCUAGGUCCGCCUCUGCGUACAUUUACUAAGGAAGAAAUAUUAUAAGUUCUAAGAAGUAAAGUAAAAGAUCAAAAGUUGGUGUAACAUCAAAAACAUUUAUGAUUUAAUCUAACAAUCAAAUAUUUUGUAGACGACAGCUAUACCAUGCACACUGAUGUUGGAAAGUAUAAAAAUGGAAGUUUAUUACACGUGCGUGUACGUAUUCUUUUACUCUAGAAUUACACUCUUAAGAAAACGAGUUUUAAUUCAUUUUCAGUCACUCGACUUGAUACAACGUGUCCAUGUAUGUAGUUUUAGACUUUUUGAUCUCCGACCAAUUCAAUUUAAGGCAAAGAUUAAUCUAGAUAGAAGUUUUACUUUAAAUGAUACAAAUCUUAUAAGCCGUCCAAAAAGAUUUUCAUUCUCUCUAAUUCCUUAGUGGGCUGCUGCCAGCCUGCCAGCCUGCCACAUGUCGAUAACUUUUACAUUUGUGUUCACAUUUUAGUUGUUUGUUACUAUAUGUUAAUGCUAUUAUCAACAUAAUGACUGACCUUGAAUGUACUCUCGGAACAACACCCCCAACGACCAACCCAUUACGAGAAGUUUUCCUUCCGUUACAUCAUUGUUCUUCCUCCUAAUAUUAAAUGAUGAUAAACAAAUUUAAAAAUUAAUUGCACGUGAUUAAACCAUGAUCACGUCUCUUUCGACACGCAAAAAUGAUAUGAUUUGACCAAGUAUAACAUAAUGUUCUAAUCUUUUAAAAAUUAAAAUAGGUAACUGAGUUUUUGGAACAUGACUGUAAAAUCUUAGUAUUCUAGAGUUUUACGUCUUAAAAGGUGAAUUUGCUACUAGAAAAAAGGAUAGAUGUGUUACAGCCAGUUUUUCCAAUAUAGAUGAUUAAGGUUAAUUUACAAAGAACAUUAUAUUCUUUAAAUCAUUCGGAUGUUAGCUUCAAAAAUAAGAUUAAAAAGUAAAAGUAAAACACCAAGUCAAAGUAAACAUCUCCCUCGAAUCUAUGCCAACGUGGGUGUAAUAAUACAGUUCGUAAGAUUUGAACUUGUUUAUUUGUGACUACGACGGUUGAAUUGAACUCUCGCCUUUGGUCUCUGAUUCGUUUAAUCAAACUCAAAGAAACACAAAAGUCUUUGUUUCUGUUAUUACCGUGAGGCGUGAUACCAAGUCUGAUUUUACUCCAAAACAUUCUACAAAUUCGGUAAACAUUCAAGUUUUUUUUUGUUUGUAAAAGCAUUCAAGUAGUUUCAUAGGCUAAAAUGUUUUAAAUUUCAAAAUGUUUUUUCUAACACAAGAUUAUUAUUAUUGUCAUUUCAAAAAUUAUUUCUAAGACUAAAUUUUCAAAUGUUAGUUUUUAUGCUAUUUCAUAAAUGUCUCAAUUUUCUAAUUACAUAUAAUUUUUAUUUACAAAGACACGUUACUUUUCACGUAUUACUAUACAAUCCUUUUUUUGGUAAAAUGCAAUCCCUUUCACUCUUAAGGAAAUUAACAUUUUAUUGGUAUAGAUUUUUAAAAUUUUUGUUUAGGUUUGACUCUGUCGAACAUAUAUCGUCCCCACAAAAUAAUACUUUUAUAGAGACAGAAGAUUUCAAAUACAUUUAAAAAAAAAACUUAAAUCAAAAUACAUUUUCUCAUAAUGGAAACACGUUUCUUUCUUGUUCUCUCAAGAUCACAUUAUAAAUAUAAUUCAUCACAGGCUCCAUUUAUGUUCACAAGCAAACCAACUCAACAACUUCACACAACCACACACAUUGUUCUAUUCACACACAUACACACACUAAGUUACUCGAUCAGAAGAAUGUCUCCCGACAAGAAUCUGCUGUCCAAGCUAGCUGUCGGUGACAAGCACGGUGAAGAUUCGCCGUACUUCGACGGCUGGAAAGCUUACGACACGAACCCUUUUCACCCUGAACACAAUCCACAAGGUGUUAUUCAAAUGGGCCUCGCCGAAAAUCAACUUUGUUCUGACUUGAUCAAAGAGUGGAUAAAGGCAAAUCCACAGGCAUCUAUCUGCACCGCGGAGGGCAUUGACGGUUUCUCCGACAUAGCUGUGUUUCAAGAUUAUCACGGUCUUAAACAAUUUAGACAGGCAAUUGCGGCGUUUAUGGAGAAAGCUAGAGGAGGAAGGGUGAGGUUUGAGGAAGAGAGGGUGGUGAUGAGCGGAGGAGCCACCGGAGCGAAUGAGACGCUCAUGUUCUGUCUAGCUGAUCGCGGCGACGCUUUUCUCGUCCCUACUCCUUAUUAUGCCGCAUUCGAUAGAGACCUAAGUUGGAGAACUGGCGUAAGAAUCAUUCCUGUGGAGUGUAACAGCUCAAACAACUUCCAAGUCACAAAACAAGCCCUAGAAUCAGCAUAUCUUAACGCCCAAGAAACCGGCAUCAAAAUCAAAGGCUUGAUCCUCGCAAACCCAUCAAACCCUCUUGGAACAAGUCUCGAUCGAGAAACUCUUCACACCCUUAUGAACUUCAUCAACGACAAGCAAAUCCACUUAGUCUGCGAUGAAAUCUACGCAGCCACGGUUUUUGCAGAACCCGGAUUCAUCAGUGUGGCUGAGAUGAUCCAAGAGAUGGAUCAUGUGAACCGCGACCUGAUCCACAUAGUUUACAGUCUCUCAAAGGACAUGGGUCUUCCCGGUUUCCGAGUUGGUGUGGUUUACUCUUACAACGAUGCUGUUGUGACCUGUGCAAGGAGAAUGUCGAGUUUCGGUUUGGUCUCAUCUCAGACACAGAGCCUUUUAGCAGCUAUGUUGUCGGAUCAGAGUUUUGUCGAUAACUUCCUUAAAGAGGUGUCAAAGAGAGUAGCGAAGAGACACUUGAUCUUCACGGAAGGGCUUAAAGAGAUGGGGAUUUCUUGCUUGACAAGUAACGCGGGUUUAUUCGUCUUGAUGGAUUUAAGACCCAUGCUUAAAGACCAGACCUUUGAGUCUGAAAUGGCUCUUUGGAGAAUAAUCAUUAAUAAGGUCAAGAUCAACAUCUCUCCUGGAUCGUCGUUUCACUGCUCAGAGCCUGGUUGGUUCCGAGUCUGCUUUGCUAAUAUGGAUGAAGACACACUCCAAAUUGCACUGCAGAGAAUGAAACACUUUGUGCUCAGACACAGAGAGAACAAGAAACGAAAGAGUUUUCAAGAGAAUCUUAAGCUGAGUUUCUCUUCCAUGACGUACGAUGAACAUGUUAGGACACCGAGAUUGAUGUCUCCACAUUCACCAUUGGUCCGAACUUAAUUAAAUACGGUCUAUUUCGUUAUAUCUACGUUAAACAGAUUGUCUAUAGAUCUGUAUAAAAGACUUAAAAGUAGAGGAAUAAUACACAAUUAUAUAAAUUUCACUUUCCAAACAAGUUGUUUACUAGUUUUGUAGAUCUUAUAACCAGUUCCAAACAUUACUAUAAUACAUACUUCCUGCUU